UAUCAGCCAGGGUUUUAGCCGUUCUAAGGAGUGCAUGCGAGGUGUGAUGACGAUGCUGAUCUGGAUGAUGACCGUCUUUGAGACGGGUGGCUGGUUUAUAAUAGCAAGCCAGAUGAGAUGGAUUGAACAAUAGUAGGCGCCCUGACGGAGGGGGAGAUGUUGCUCUUUGUUCUGUUCGCUGUGAUUUGGAAGAAUUGGGAUAAGUUUGAUUUAGAUGCAUUUGCUUGGAAAUACCAUAUUUCCUUUGCAUUUUCAUUCAUUCUCCUGCAGCCAGCCACCCCUUUCUUCUGCUUGUCCCUGCGCAGGGCGCUUGCUGGAGCGGUUGCUUUUUGCUCGUCUCCUGUUGAUCACUGGUGGUUCGUUGCUUUUGUUUCGCUGCGGCUCAAGUGCAGCGAAAGCGCUUGCACUACUGUGUCCCUUUUUUUCGUUCUUCGGCUUUACGCUAAGAAAAAACAGGUUCUCUGGUAG